AUGAGCAACGUCAGUAUGGGUACAGCUAUGUCAAUGGGAUUAGAGACAGAAAAUGACUUGUCCAAGUGCAAGAAAACAAGAUCCUCUUCCCAUUCCCUCCGUAUGGACGUUCAGCAACUUGGUGAUUCCAUCGAAAAUGCCAUCAACUUGGUCGACUCUCCCAAAUCCGACAUACGGUGCGAGUGUGCCUCUUGCCGGGACGAUCACAUCCAAGAUGAUAUGAUCAAAACGAAGUGCUCACACUUCUACUGCAAAUCUUGCUUGGUCCGGCUGUUCAAAAACGCUUUGCGUGAUGAAUCCUUGUUUCCCCCUCAAUGCUGUCACGAACCAAUCGCGGCAUCGGAGAAAAUGCUUGGAUCUGUAUUGGUUCAAAAGCACAAGGAGAAGGCAAUCGAGCUUAAGGACCUUGACAGAACAUAUUGUUCUGAUUCGAAGUGCGCUCAAUACCUCCCACGCAAGGCCCCACGGGAGCGAGUUUGCAAAUGCGCCAGCUGUGGAGUACGCACAUGCAGGAAGUGCAAAAAAAGCGCCCAUCGGGGAGCCUGCGUGUAUAAGCUUGAUGCGCUUCUGGAGGAAUUGGCAGGUUGCAAGAAGUGGCAACGAUGCUCUAAUUGCAGUCGUCUAAUUGAGCUCAGCACAGGCUGUAAUCAUAUCACGUAA